AUGUCUACCAGGCCUGCGAGGUUGGGUCUACAGCUGAUCCAGGCUCGUAAUGUCGUCGCCCCGACGAAGAAGGUGUUGCCGACAUCACGACGCGAUUUGUCUUCGGUAGCUCUGGUUGCGCAAAGCCAUCGCCGAAUCUCAGCAUCGAAAUUCACACCUCUAGCUGCAAGUCCGCCGUCCUCAACCACGACCCCUUCCUCAUUUUUCACCCCCUCUCUGUGUCGGACGAGAAACGCGUCGACAACCUCGAAUGCCUCUGCCUCGACAACCUCUACCCCUCCGUCGUCAUCCUCCUCUCCUCCCCCUGCUCUCGAUUGGAAUGCCUUCUUCCGCCUUCGAACCAUACGACGUCGCUACGCAGUCACUUCCUCGAUCAUUACGUCCUUUGCUUCUACAGCCGGAGCAUUGAUAGCAUUUUCCGAAAUCCCAGCAUUUGCUGACAACAUCACCAAAAUCAUUCCUACUGAUCCUGUCAUUGGCAUUGGGAUCGCCACUUUUGGGGCCACUUUCUUUGGCUGGCUGAUUGGCCCAGCUUUCGGAAACACCCUAUGGAGACUAUUGCAUCGAAGUCGGUUGCCAGAGUUCAACAAAAAAGAGCGAGAAUUUUUUGAAAGGGUUAAAAAGCACAGGGUCAACCCCACGGGUGCGAGCACCAACAACCCCGUGCCUGACUUCUAUGGCGAGAAAGUGGGAAGUGUGGCUGGGUACCGACGGUGGCUGAAAGACCAGCGUGCUUUCAACAGGAAACGAGAAGGAAACUAUUCCUCGACGAAGUGA